AAUUGCUGUUUGUCGCAGAUAAUUCGUGGAGUGAAACGCAUGCGUACAAAAAGAAUAAUUAACGUGAGUGUUUGUGCGUGUUGAACGAUGGCGGGACAGUACUAUGUGAUCAUUCUAUUGGGAUUGAUGGACCUGGUGGUCUCCCAGAACUCAAUCGAUGAGCGGACAACCUUUGAAGCUGCAUUUCAAGGAAGAUGCGGUCAUAAUUCACCCUGCGAACAACUGUGCUACGAGUUACACGACGGCAUGUACGAGUGCGACUGCAGAGACGGUUACAUCCUGCACAAGAAUGGCUACAGUUGUUCAGAGUUGAAUUCAACAUUGCCGUCAACAGGUGAUAUUCAUGGGUCGACUGAGGAUGACGUUAACCGAUUGAGUAUGAAAAAUUAUCCAGAUACCAGUGAAAAUGGUGAUGUACAUCGUCCCCAGAAGAUUCACAUAAAUCCCCAGGUCGGUGGUAGUAGAUCGAAUGGAACGAGACGAGACGAUGAGUCCAAUGAAAUACCGACUGGACAUCCAACCUCUGAGGGUUCAAACUUGAAGCAGAAGGUGCCAGUAACAACUGAGAGUGUGUCAAUAACCGAGCCAGUCUGUUCUCUCGAUUGUGGACCAGUGGGAAAUUGUUACAUCGAGCAAUUGCAUGACCUUGACGAAACGGAGGACGAAAUGGGCAGUGGAUAUACCGGAAGUGUUGGACGCCGGAGAAUUGCCUUCAGACAGCGGUGCCAAUGCCCACUGGGCAGAGUCGGCGAUCGUUGCCAAAAUGAGAUUCAAGUUAAGUCGCCCCGCUUCACGGGAUCAAGUUGGCUGGCAUUUCCAGCAUUGAAAGCAGCUUACAAACAUAUCCAAUUAGACUUAGAAUUUCGUCCUGAAGCAUGGAAUGGAAUUCUUUUGUUAACCGGUGAGCGUGAUGAUCUCCAAGGUGACUUCAUGGCUGUGAUUCUUCACCACGGCUUCAUCGAAUUCAGAUUCGAUUGUGGGAGUGGUGUCGGUGUUGUAAGGAGCACUGAGACCGUCAAGUUGAACGAGUGGAACACGCUCAAUGUCUACAGGCACCGCUGGGACGCCUGGAUUACCCUCAAUUCUGGGAAACGUGUGCAGGGGAGGUCUAAGGGAUUAUUCUCGAGGAUAACGUUUCAAGAGCCAUUGUUCGUCGGCGGUCCCGGUAAUACCACUGGUCUGGAGAGACUUCCGGUCAGAGUUGGAUUUCGAGGAUGCGUACGUCAUCUCGAGGCGAAUGAUCAUCAUUAUCGUCUGGCACUCACGCCCCAGGGCGACACCAUCAACGGAUUCGACGUUGAGGAGUGCACCGCUGAUAGAUGCAGCAAAGUACCAUGCUCCCAUGGGGGAAAGUGUUUGACUACAGGAGGAGAUACAGCUGUGUGCCUCUGUCCUCUCGGUUACACCGGUGAUUUAUGCGAGACUCGCGUAGAUCUUCAGGUACCAUCCUUCAACGGCUCAUCCUAUCUGAAAUAUCCCGGCUUGGGUGAUACUUCGCUGUCGUGGCUGGAGUUCUCAGUGACUCUGAAACCCACUUCAUCAGAUGGAGUAAUUUUGUAUAAUGGACAUCGCAGUGAUGCUACCGGUGAUUUCAUUGCAUUAUACCUGGCCAACGGGCACAUUCAAUUCACCUUUGAUUUGGGAAAUGGACCGGCAACUGUACGGAGUGAGAAGCCGGUGAGACUGGGCGAAUGGCUUGAGGUGAGUGUCUCGAGGACAGGGCGAAUGGCGUCGUUGGUCGUGGAGAAGGAGCCAGCACAAGAGAUUCUCGCCCCUGGGGCAUUUACCCAACUCUCAUUGCCGCUGAAUCUCUACCUCGGGGGAUCUCCGUCUACUGACAUUUUUACACCCAAAUUGAAGACUGUUGCCAGCUUCGUUGGGUGCAUUCAAACGGUCGUUUUUAAUGGUCGCGAGAUUGGGAUCUUGGCAGAGGCACUCGGUGGAGUGAAUGUUGGAAAUUGUGGUCACGCGUGUGAAGCGAGACCAUGCGGUGACGCCGAGUGUCGUCCAUACAGGGAGCGAUUUACUUGUAGAUGCGGGACAGGACUGCCUCAUCCUUGUCCAGCAACGGAAGGGAUGACGAUUCAGCAGCAAACUGUACUGUUCAAUCCCAGCACAUCUGCUGCUACAAGAUUAGAGAGACUGGAGAGGAGUGUACCUAGUUUUACGGGAAUUGAUAGUUAUCUUCACUACAACGAUGCGGAUACUAUGAAAAGAAUCAUAAGUUAUCGCGUUGAUAUAAACAUGAGAUUCAGAACGAGCACUAGCGACGGUUUGCUAUUGUGGAGUGGGAGGCAAUCAGAUCCACAGGAGCAAAAGGAGCAGAACGAUGAUUUUCUUGCGGUUGGCUUGAAUCAGGGAUAUCUCACGCUGGCGUACAAUCUUGGAUCUGGCGAGGCAAUUCUCAGAUAUAAUCUCACGAGAUUGGAUGACGACCUGUGGCAUCGCAUCAGAGUUGUCAGGAAUGAGCAGUGGGCAUCUCUGGUGGUGGACAGUGGUAUUAGUGUUUCUGCCUCAUCCCCGGGACAGUUGAGAGAGUUAAAUACAGAUACGGGACUUUUUAUAGGAGGUGCACCAGACGUAACAAGAACAACAGACGGUCGCUAUGAGAGAGGUAUAAUCGGUUGCAUCAGUGAUCUAGUCCUCGAUUCCGACUUCUCGGUAACCCUAUCCUCUCCCGAACAAGCGACAAAUACUCACACGUGUAUUCCCUGAGUCUCAUGCUGCAGUGCUCUAGUUCGAGAGAAUCACGAAGCACAGAAUUACGAUAUGGAAAUUUGUGGAAUCUGCUGAAUACAGA